CACUCUCUCCUCUGUUUCUUCCUCGAUUUGUUUCUCUCUAUCUCAAAAUGAUUUCACUACAGAAACAAGAGCCUGUAGAAGACGAUCAGAAACAGACAAGUGAUCACAGAAUCAACGGUGGAGGUGAUAUGGACUCAGCGCCACCGCUAACUUCGGAGCUACCCCAGAAACUACGUCAAUCGCCGCCGCCGCCAGCAGUGACAUUGAAGGAGGAGCCACCCGCGGAAUUUGGGAUGUUACCGGUGGCUGCGAUGCCCCUGCCGUUGCAGAUCAGACCAUCUGCAGCGGCGCCUCCCAAGGACCGCCACACCAAGGUGGAGGGCCGAGGGCGGAGAAUCCGAAUCCCCGCCACCUGCGCCGCCCGGAUCUUCCAACUAACCCGAGAGCUCCGCCACAAGUCUGACGGCGAGACCAUCCGGUGGUUGCUGGAACACGCCGAGCCUUCCAUCAUCUCUGCCACCGGCACCGGCACUGUCCCCGCCAUCGCCAUGUCUGUCGGCGGAACCCUCCAGAUCCCCACCACCUCCGCCGCCGCAACGAAAAAGAAACGCAAACUCCCCCAAACCCCGACCGCCAUAGUACCACCACUCGGCGGCGGAGCAACACCACCACCACCCACUCAAACCCUAAUCCCCAUGUGGGCCAUACCAUCAAAUUCAGCCCCAACAUUCUGGAUCGUUCCACCAACCGCCGCAGCCGCCAUCGCCGGACCCUCGAAUCAGCCCCAAAUUUGGACGACACCAUUGAUAAACGUAUCAGCGAGACCCAUUUCACCGUUCGUAGCUUCCAUGCAACAAAGUACCAUCAACAUAACAACCUCCAAAACAACACCGCCAUUAGAGAUCCGAGCUUUAUCGUCUUCAGUGACUACGACCUCUACAGUUGGGGCUAAGACUGAGAAAUCUGUUUCGAUUAGUGCACCGAGUACUUCGAGCUCUGGUAAAUCUGGAACUACUACGAUUCCGACUCAGAUGCUGAGAGAUUUUUCAAUGGAGAUUUACGAUAAACGAGAGCUUCAGUUCAUGGGUAGUAGUAAUAGUACUCGUUCUGUGAGUCACCACUGCCAUGCAGAGUCUUCGAAACCAUGAAGAUUUUCAAUUCAGAGUUUUUGAUUGUUUCGCCGUGGACGUUCAAGUAGUUUUGAGCGUGAGUUUUUGAAUUCAGAGUUUCUUUUUUCUAUACGCAGAGAGAGAGAGAGAGAGAGAGCGAGAGCGCACGUGAGAGGAUUUGAAGUGAUGACGUGUAAACUGGGGUCAGAUUACAAUGGAGCCCACCAUUGAGUCUACGUAGGUGUUUGGGAAAUGAAAUAUGUAUAUGUGUAUAAAUUUAUUUUGAAAAUAAUUUACUAUUGUAUUAUAUUUAGAUUUA